UUCGUCUCAUCUCUACACGGACUACAUCCGGCCCGGCUGUCGUUGGUUGCUGGUGUAAUGAGCUCUGUUUUGAAUAGAAACCCCUUUUCUCAGCUGAUGUAAAACAGGAUGGCAGAGGCGGGAGACACCGGUGUUUCUUCACGGGCUGAGAGAAAAGCCUUAGAAAAGGCCAAAAUACUGCAACGGGAACGCGAGAGGAAGAUCUUCAGACUGGUUGGACGAGUCCUGAAGAAACCGGAGGCUGAGCGGUCAGAGGAGGAGGCAGCUAUGUUACUGCUGCACAGAGACACUGUGGAGGAACUCUGCAAGAGACAAGUCCGCAGAAAUGUGCUCAAGAGGAAGCAGGAGGAGGUGUUUGAUGAUGCUGAUGAGCUGAAAAGUAAAGUCAGACAGCUGGCUGUUGCAGUCAAACAAGCAAAUCACCUGGUGGUUUACACUGGAGCCGGGAUCAGUACGGCAGCUUCUAUCCCCGACUACAGGGGUCCUAAUGGGGUGUGGACACAGCUACAGAAGGGGCGGACAGUCAGUUCAUCUGACCUCAGUAAAGCAGAGCCGACCAUCACGCAUAUGUGCAUUAGGACGCUACAUAAGGAAAAUAUGGUAAAGCACGUUGUGUCUCAAAACUGUGAUGGACUUCACCUACGUAGCGGUCUAUCCAGAAAUGCCCUGUCUGAGCUCCAUGGAAACAUGUUCAUUGAGGUGUGCAUAUCCUGUUCCCCGGUCAGUGAGUAUGUCCGUUUAUUUGACGUGACAGAGCGGACAUCGCUGCACCGGCACGGGACAGGCCGCAGGUGCAGCCACUGUUGUGGCGAACUCAGGGACACCAUAGUGCACUUUGGGGAACGUGGGACCCUCGAGAAACCUCUGAACUGGAAGGGCGCUGCAGAGGCCGCCAAGAUGGCGGACGUCAUCCUCUGUCUGGGCUCCAGUUUGAAGGUGCUGAAGAAAUACGCUUGUCUGUGGUGCAUGAACAGACCAGCAAGCAAAAGGCCCAAACUCUACAUUGUCAACCUCCAGUGGACACCGAAAGAUGAUCUGGCUGUGCUGAAAAUUAACGCAAAGUGUGAUGAUGUAAUGAGCCUCCUCAUGGAAGAACUGAACUUUCAGAUUCCUGUGUAUAACAGGGCAGAGGACCCCAUCUUCAGUCUAGCCAAACCUCUGCAGCCAGAGGAGGUGGACAGCCAUACCCGUGAGGUCAUUGCUCCCCCUGAUGGACAACAGGACUGCUCAGCCAACGCUAGGGGACAAGUAGAGGAAGCCACAGCCGUGCAGGGCGGCUGGUUCGGACGAGGCUAUGGUAAAGGAAGGAAGAAUAAGAAAAAAGCUGCAUAACCGAGGGAACUUUAUAGACUGCAUACAUUGUGGCCAAGUAUGUUGCAGCCCCCGAUGAUCAAUCCCAAUGAAAGAUUCAUAUAUCAGUCCCAUAAUGAGGACAACUCGGACUUGAAUUUUCAAGGUGCUUUUAUGUCCGUUUGGCUGCAUUGAUAUGACUUAGUCACAUGCACUGAGCGCAUGUGAGGUUGGAUAUUUGCCAUUUGAAAAUGGCACUUUGCACCAUGAACUUAUUAUUUUCUACAACCUACAGUUGUUAAUAUCAGCAGGAUUUAAAAGUUUUAUAUUAUGCUACUGUUGUUUCUUAUGCUGCUAUCUUUAUGGCAGCUAAGCUAGCCGGGUUAGUCAGAGCUUAAUUUUAGCCCAGUAUGGCUAGCAUAGUAUGCCUAGCAUGUACAACAGUAAGUAAGUUUGACCAACAAAACUUUAAAAUUAUUAUACGGAAUUUUUUCUAAAAACAGUAAAGAUCUUUACAGUUUCUCACAACCUGCCGGCUUAAAAAGUGACGCGCAACUUCUGCUGUCAGCUUAGCAGUAGUGACAAGUUUUGAAGCCACUCCUGCAGCAGCACCAGUUUCACUGUUAUCACUCUGUAUGCUCAGUAUAUCACAAAUACAGCAUAAUGUUUUUACAGCCAUUCAAUGUUUGUACAGCCUACAGGUGCUGAAUGAAUCUUUGGUGGAAUGUCACUUUACACUUUCUGAAAUAUAUAUUUUUACCGGGUUGGUAAUGGGUACAUUACAGUAAUUUAAUGUGCAACAUGCCGUUGGAUUGAGCAUUAGCUAGAUGCAACUGGCCAUAAAAUACUGGCGUCUAAAGUGUAGGUUACUGUACUUAUAUGCUCAUGGAGAGGGGUAUUUAUCUGUGGAACAUGAGUGACUUGGUGUUUAUAAGUAGCAAAUGCCAGCAGACUAACAGCAGAAUACCAAAGGCCAAUUUUUGGAUUCUAUGCUGCCACAACUUUUACUGAGAAGAGACUUAAAAAGAUUGAGGUCGUCAGAAAUUUACUUCAUUUAUUGCUUAGACUAAAAGAUAUUUUUGUAGUCUUUCUGACAUUUUAAACUUGCAUUGUUGAAUGUACCUUUUUUUAUUUUAAAGGUAUUUUGGUUCUCUUAAAUAAUUUCCUGAACUCACUCAACUUAACUCUGCUGUCACCCAUCCUCAGGUUUCCAGGCAACGUAGUACAGCUAAUACUGUACAUUGGUUUACUGAAGUUGUUGAAUUUGUUUAUGUUUACACUUUUAUGUCCUUUGUUUACAGCUCUGUAAGAAGGAGAGCUGGGUUUUGAAUUUUGACUUAAAUUCUGAUUAAUUGUUAGCUUGUGUCAGAUUAAGUUACUGUUUACCUUGGUGAAAGGAAACCACCAAAUAUAUGUCUCAAUUUUGUCUCAGGAAGAUCCAGUAUUAUUACUAAUCACAUCCUGUACCAUAUAGUGUCAGAAGUUGUGAAGGACCAGACUGGCCAUGAUAAGCUAGUAUUCAGCAUUCCUAAAACUCAAACCAGUGCUAAAACUGGAUGUGAAGACU